AUGCCAACCCUGGAUGACAUUUUAGAGCAGAUUGGAGAAUUUGACAGGUUCCAGAAGCAGACCUUCUUUGUCCUGUGUUUGCUUUCUGCUGCCUUCACCCCGGUGUACGUGGGUGUCGUCUUCUUCGGGUUCAUCCCCGAGCAUCACUGCUUCAGUCCCGGGGUGGUCGAGCUGAGCCAGCAGUGUGGCUGGAGCCCGGAGGAGCAGCUGAAUCGCGCGGUUCCUGAGUGGGGCAGCUACGGGCCCAGUUUCAGCAGCCGCUGCCAGAGGUACGAGGGGGACUGGAACACGACGGGCGUCAGCUGCACAGACCCUCUUGGCAGCCUCGUGGGCAACCAGAGCACUGUUCCUCUCGGUCCUUGCCAGGAUGGCUGGGUCUACGACUCCCCGGGGACCUCUCUUGUAACUGAGUUUAACCUGGUGUGUGAGGACUCCUGGAAGCUGGACCUCUUCCAGUCAUGUGUGAAUGCUGGAUUUUUUAUUGGCUCCAUGAGCAUUGGCUAUGUAGCAGACAGGUUUGGCCGCAAACUCUGCCUCCUGGUCACAGUCCUCAUCAAUGCGGUCUCAGGGGUUCUCAUGGCCUUUGCGCCCACCUACACCUGGACAGUGAUCUUCCGCCUGAUCCAGGGUCUGGUCAGCAAGGCGGGCUGGCUGACUGGCUACGUCCUCAUUGCAGAAUUUGUUGGCUCAAACUACCGGAGGGCAGUGGGCAUCACUUACCAGCUGGCCUUCACCGUGGGACUCCUCGUCCUCACUGCCCUGGCUUAUGCACUUCCACACUGGAGGUGGCUCCAGCUUGCUGUCACGCUGCCCAGUUUCUUCUUCCUGCUCUACUAUUGGUGCCUGCCCGAGUCACCCAGGUGGCUGAUAGCUCAAAAGCAAAAUGACAAAGCUAUGGACGUUAUUAAGCGCAUUGCCAGGGGAAAUAAGAAGAAGCUACCUCUCUCUUUCCAGAAUCUGAGCUUCGAAAAUGAAGAUGGAGAAAAACCAGCACCUUCAUUUCUAGAUCUGGUCAGGACACCUCAGAUAAGAAAACACACUUUCAUUUUGAUGUACAGCUGGUUCACAAGCUCCGUUGUCUACCAGGGGCUCAUCAUGCACAUGGGAAUAGCCUCUGGAAACAUGUAUCUGGAUUUCCUCUAUUCUGCUCUUGUCGAGUUCCCAGCCGCCUUCAUCCUCAUCCUAACACUGGAUCGCAUUGGCUGUCGCUACCCCUGGGCUGUGGCAAACAUGAUGACAGGAAGCGCUUGCCUCGUUACAGCGCUAGUCCCAGACAGUCUUUAUUGGCUUAAAAUGACUGCAGCUUGCUUGGGCAGGAUGGGAAUUACCAUGUGCUACGAAAUUAUUUGCUUGGUAAAUCCUGAGCUGUAUCCAACAUUUCUCAGGAACCUGGGAGUCCUUGUCUGCUCAUCCAUGUGUGACCUUGGUGGGAUCAUAACUCCCUUCCUCGUGUACAGACUAGUGGAACUCUGGCAUGAACUGCCCCUGGUUGUCUUUGCUGUGAUUGCCUUGAUUGAUGGCGGCUUGGUUUUGCUCCUGCCUGAGAUGAAGGGAAAAACUCUGCCUGAGACCAUCGAAGAUGCUGAAAAUUUGCACAGGCAAGACAGAAGCAAAGAAACAAUUAUUUAUCUCCACGUUCUGGCUUCCGAAACUGGCUCCAACUUUGGCAUCCCAGAAUUUGACUGCAUAUUAGGCAAGCUGGAAAAUGAAAAGGAAGGCAAAGAGGACUUGGAGAGCCUCAGGACAUGGAGGUGGCUGUAUCCAAUGACAACAUCAUUAGGGAUCAGCAAGAUGGUGGAGGGAGAAAGCCCCGUCAUGGACAUCCACUGGGAGGGACAUGAACUAUAA